CAUUAUAUUUCAACAAGAGUAAGGUAUUUAGUCUUUAUGAGAAAAGAAAAAGAAAAAGAAAAAGAAAAAUGAAAAAUUGAGUUAAGAGGAGGAUGAUGUAUGCAUUGGCUUAAGUCCAAAAUUGCCACGUGGAAUGUAUAAUGAUCAAUCAUUAAGGGUAUAAUAAGUUCUUACUAAUCAAAAUUAGGAAGAAAGGUAUAGUUAAUAACUUAGGAGUCCGUGCAUGUUAAUUUGAAGCAGAGCGACUCAUUUCUCGUCUCCUUUCAUACUCCAACAAUCACUACCACCCUCUCUUCCUCUCCUUCUAAAUUCUAAUUUCUAAUCCUUCGCACUUCAUUCAUAUUGCCAACCAAGAUGUCAAAAAACGAAGAUUCAGGUGAAGAAUCAAAUGGGGAUUCGUUUCAGCAGGUGAAGCAAAGGUUCAAGGAUCGAUCCAAGAAAGUUGCUCAAACGAAGGAUUUGCUUUCGAAGCAAGCGGUUCAGACAAAGGAGAUCCUAUCCAAACAGGCUGUUAAGAUCGCCAAACAAGCAGAAGAACACGAAAGUUUUAUAAGCAAGGUGACUCAUCUUAUGGGAGUGCUCUGGUUUGGUGGGUUUUGCUUUCUCUUGGGAGCAAGACCGCAGGAUAUUCGCUAUAUAUAUUGUUUGUUCUAUGUUAUAUUCGUUCCCCUUAGGUGGAUAUACUACAGGUUCAAGAAGUGGCAUUACUAUCUUUUGGACUUUUGCUACUAUGCAAAUACAAUUUUUUUGGUUGAUCUUCUUCUGUAUCCAAGGAAUGAAAAGCUUUUCAUGAUCUGCUUCUCGUUUGCUGAGGGGCCAUUAGCAUGGGCAUUGAUUGUUUGGCGUUGUAGCUUGGUGUUUAGCUCUCUUGAUAAACUUGUUAGUGUCCUUAUACAUCUUCUACCCGGUAUAGUUUUCUUUACCAUUCGAUGGUGGGAUCCAGCAACCUUCGCAGCCAUGCAUCCAGAAGGAUCUUCUCGCAGAAGUUCAUGGCCUUAUGUAGAAGACAAAUCUUACCUAUGGACAUGGCUCUUUGUGGUUCCCUUAUUUGCAUACACUCUCUGGCAGAUUCUAUACUUCCUCAUCGUCAAUGUCUUACGUCGACAAAGGCUGUUAAGAGAUCCUGAAGUCAUGACUUCCUACAGGGAGCUUUCAAAGAAAGCUCAGAAAGCAAAUAACAGUUGGUGGCGUUUGAGUGGUUUGCUUGGGGACCAAAACCGCCCGUUUAUGUACAUUUUGCUACAAGGCCUUUUCACAGUAGCGACUAUGGCGCUUACAGUUCCCAUCUUCUUGUCUUAUGAAUUACAUCUCAUUUUUCAAAUACUGAAGGUCUCUGCCACUGCUUGGAAUGGAGGGAGCUUUUUGCUAGAUGUAAUGCCUAGGCAGGUUAUUCUCAAGGAGAAAAAGAAGUCAGAGAUGCAGCCGGCACAAACUGAACAAGAGCCACCCCAUAUUGUGCCAGAAAAUUCCCACUCCGCAGAAAAUUCCCACUCUGUUGAGGCACAGAAUUCAGUCGAAAGCUAGUGUCUGUCUUGAAAGUACACCCUGUUCUGGUGUCAUAAAAAUUACUAGUCAAGUUUAUACCUCUAAUCCUAAUUUGUCACCUGGUUUGCCCACAAACUAGCUCUUUGUAGUUUGAAUAGUGUUGGUUUCCAUAGGUUUUGGUUAGCCAGAAAAUGUUCUUCGAUUUUGGACAUGUCAUUUUAAUCUUGUUUCUUAUAUGCACGAUGCACCUUUGCACCAAAAAUAGAAAUUAAUGGAUUGAAAUAUGAAAAUUUUCUGAAGCA